CGCGCACGUAUUUACAGCGAGCGGCGUGACGAUGGUGCUUUCAGGGGAUGGUUGAGAGAGUCGUACGUGCGACAACUAUAUGCUCAACUCGAAUUGCUACGAUCGUUUAAACCAGGAGGUGGUCGUAUUGUUCCUGAAACAUUACGUUAUGAUCCAAAACACUGUGAAUUCUGCAGCUUGGUUUCAUUAAUACUAGUAUUCAGCAGUGAGGUUGUCAUUGAUAUAUCAACAACCACCUAAACUCAAAGAUCUGCCUAAUUAAUGUUUUCCGAAGAGCCUAGACGCGUGCACGUCAGAUUUGAUUAAAUCAUAUUUGAGCUAUUAAGUUAAAAAAAAAAACUUUACGAAAACUAGUCAGGUAGCGCUUUAUUGGCAAAUGUUUUUGCGCGUCAGGCCUUUUUUAGAAGGCAGUGAAGGGGCCAAAAGGAGGUCCCAUGUCGUAGCGAGAAACAUUUCAGUGAUGUGAAAUAAAACAUUACUUUCCACACAUAAAUAAAUAUGAUGACAAUCAGAAAAUUAUUAAGGUGAUUUUAUUAUUUUUAAAAAAGCCCAAUAAUAAUAAAUAGUCACAGAGUCACAUGAGCAGCUGCGUCAUCAUGUCACAGGAUCAACAACAUGGCGGCUUACUUGGCUGGAAUGAUAAACCUCCACUAGCUGUUCUUUGCCGUUAAACGCCGAAAUUCAAUUUCAAACAACUAAAACCUUUACGGGGGCUUUCGGCUUCCCUUUCUUGUCACCAUAUGUUCUCUAACAGGAGAACACGCUUUGUUAUGUUUUAUCUAGACAGCUGCAUCGCUUAAAAAUCACACUUCCGGUCAGUUAUUCGGAAAUAAAACCAUGGCGUCGGCAUUUACAGUCGGGGAUAAAUUCAGAAAUAAGGUGACGCAGCUGUUGAAAAGGACCGACUCGUGUCUGCCGGAACGAUUGAGAGAAGAACUGGAGGAUGCUCUUGCAAAACCGGGACCAACGACCCUGUCCUUCCGCACCGCGAGGACCCUGAAGAGACACCUCCAGGACAAAGGUCAUCCCUUCUUCCUGCAUGAGUUGUUGGAGGACAGUACGCUGCACCUGCCUGAGGUGGUGAAGCCUCCCAGAAACCCCGUCCUGGUGGCCCGUCUGGAGAGGAUUAAAGCCCGGCUGGCCAACGAGGAGUACAGCAGGAUGACGCGCAACGUCAACACUCAGGAAGUCAGCCGAGGUGGAACGUUGGCAGAUUUCGGACGUGAAGUGAGGUCGGUCAAAGCCGUGGUGGCGACCGUCUUCAACUUCCUGGUGACGGUGGUGGCUGCGUUCGCCUGCUCCUACAUGGGGAGCCAGUACCUGUUCACCGACACCGGGGCGCGAGUGAUCGCGGCCGUGAUCGCGGCGUCUGUUGUCGGGCUCGCCGAGCUCUACGUGCUGGUCCGGACCAUGGAGGGCGAACUCGGGGAGCCGUAGCCACCGCGACUUUUCGUUUGAGAAGUCUGUGUCAUUUGCAGAGUGACGCUGAAGGGAAGCUGCAACGUGACAAGUUGCUUCCAAAGGACUUUGGAAUAUUCUUCUGUUUUUAUCUGAUGUUUAUUCACAAAGAACUGAUUUAAUUGAAUGGGUUGUGUACGUAAACCCAGGGAACAUCUGGGGAGGAACUCGAACCGGAGGAUUCGGGGGAAUCGAACCAGCGACCUUGUGGUUAAAGGAGCCACAACCGGCAUUAAUCAGAAGCUAUAUGUCAUAUUUCAGUUCUGUUCUCUGAUGUAAUUGUGAAAGCCUCUCCAGAUGUUUGUGUAUCUUCACGAGAGUAACACUGGAAUGUGGAACCUGGUAUUUGUUUGUCAGCUGAAAAGUGCAAUAAAUGUAAAAAAAAAAGUACCCAGAUGUCUUGUUU